CGCCCUCAACGUUCAUCAUCAACGUCGCUCGACAACUGGAUUCCCAGAGAAUUCAGCACGAAGGCGGCCCCGAUGCACAGCGACAAGCCCUCGACCUCGCCGGGGAGCUCUCGGAACUCAAGGAGGCUAGGCCUGUACAGAUUUGAGGCCAAUCUGGAGAGUUGUUUGAUUCAAGGAGCUGUAGACUGGUGAGUUUGAUACUGCUCCGCUCUGGGGAUUCGAAGCUUUCGGGAGAGAGGCGGUUUCUGCAAAUUUGUUCUCAACGUUGACGAGUGUGUGAGGCAGGGAGUUGUCGAAAUUUCGUGGACGGAGGAAUUUCUGAAAGGGAGGGAGGAAGAGCCCGGGGAAGGGUUGGAGGCGAUUAGAAGUCGUGCGUCCAAGGGUUUAAGUUUCGGUCGAUCGGCAGGGGGAGGAACGGUGGAAGGAGAGACGGCUCGAGCUUGAUUUGACAAGGGACUUGCCUCGCGAACCAUCUGGAGGACCUCUCUGAGUUUUGUUGCCUCGGGACAUCGUGAACUUCUGACUGACGUGACAUUGAGUCAUGCAAUCACUCAGGAAGAAGCUGUGCUCUGGAGCUUAUGGAGGGCUCAAGGACCUGCAAUCCGUCGCGACGAGAAUCGCUGCCCGGCGUGAGAUCUCUGGAUUGUCCGGUGGAUUCGUAGCUAGAGAGAGCAGCUGGGUCGCCCCGGUCCUAGGAUCUGGUGUUCCCGGUGCACCAUCUCGGGUCGAGAGGAGGAAUUCCGGACUCGGAAAGACGAAGGCGGAGCCCAUAGCGGUGACCGAAGCAUGGCGAAUUGGUGGAGUCCGGCGGAUGGGAAUCACAACUCGACCGGGCGAUCGGGCGGCCGAGCAUGGAGUGCGCAGCCCUCUUACCAACGCAGAGGGGUCCCCGGAAUGGAUUGAGGAACAGCGUCAGGAUGAAUUUUUGCGAGGCUCCAAGAGGGCGGCCGCAUCGAAAGUCGAGCAAGUCGAGGAGGCAGUGGGAGGCGAGGGCGGAGCUUCGUUCGAAGCAGCGGACGCGGAAACGAAGAGCAAAUUGGGGAUGAACAGCGACGAUGCCGUUCGAGAAACGGCAGGCGAAUUCACUCGAAGGUCUCAGUCUCGAUCCGAAGAGGACCCGCACCCGGCCGUCCGAGUGGAUUACGGUGCCGAAAUGCAUCAUGGCAUCGAUGAAGAAGUGCAUCGCGGAUUGGUAGCUGAUUCCGAGCACCCAGCCGGACGUGUGGUGAAGGAAGACGACCCGCAAUUCUCACAGCCCGAGGGUGAGGCUGACGAGGAUGUGAUGACUGGGGUCCUGGGCGACUGGGCCGUGAGCAAAAAGGAGGCCCAAAAGGAUAGAACAGAUAAAGUCCAUCCAUACAGCGCUGACAAAUUAUAUUCUACUGAUGAAGCUCUGGACAAGGGACAAGUCGCGUGGGAGAAAGGAACCACGGUUGAGUCUGGAGCGCCUAAACUUGUAGCUGAGGAUCACGAGAAGAGUGAGGGUGUAUACGGAUCUUUCAAACCACCUCUCUGAACCGAUCCUUCCAUACCGAAACCUCACAAAAGAUGGCUACUACUUUGUAGCUGUAGGUGUUCUGAGCACUCGGAGCAGCCAGCAGACUGAUCAUUUCAGGGGCGGAAAUAAUAUAGUACUGAAAUUUGUACAGGGGUAGGAACUUCCUCUGGCAAGGAGCAUGAGGUUUUGUAGAGACAGGGGAAUAACAGUCUGGGCGUCCAGAAAUCUGUGAGAGCCGGUGUGAGCUUCAGGAUCAAAGCGAGAUUACGAUGUUUAGAUCCCCUGAAAUGUGACACGAUAGGAGCUUAUGACAGCCACAAUUCUCUUCUACGGGUCUUUAGUCUUGGAGUAUAUGCUCCUCCGUACAACUGUACAUAAGUUUCUUGUGCCCCACGUGGCACUCUACACCAAAUGCAUUUCAUAAACAGCGAGAAACAUCGCCAGAAUCAGCUUCUUUUGUUUCAUGGCUAUAUAAAAGUUAAAAAAGAUAGCACUCGUUUUGUACUUUUGAUAGUCCAGAUCACUAUUUCGAAUGUAAUGUGCAAUAUAGCAGAGGAGGUUGAGCCGACUGAAAGUGUGAAAUGCGGUCGCCUACGAAAGUGUGUAUGCAAGGUUGGUGCAAGGAGAAGAUAAUUGAGUGUUUAACAUGACUUCAACCUAUUAAUUCUCGGAACCAUUUCUCGCUAAUGUGGGACUCCCCAAGACUCUGGACCGGAGCGGGAGUUUGAAUAUUCCGAGUUGAUUUUUUUCCUGCACUAAUCGCACAUGUGUCGACGUUUUGGUAGUUACAUUUGCUCUCCUCCACCAUGUAUAUACAACUGACUUUGUAAAUCAUGUCAACAUGUUGAAUAUCAGCCAA